ACCUAAUAAUGGAUCCAGCCCUGCGGGAAGAUGAACGCACCUCCCCUCGCUCCUCGCUCCUCGCUCGGAUGUCGGCAGCGGGAAGUCUCUCAUUCAUGCCGCCAUAGGCGACUAUGAACACGCUCGACACGCACUUUAUUUACAGGCAGUGUUCGUCCUCUCCUGUCCGCCAUGAUAGACGAGCAGAGAUCGUCUGAUUGAUUGCUCAUGUCUGGCCUGAUGACCACUCUCAUCCAGCCCUCAUCUACUCAUCAACACCCGUGCUCACCUGCGUUCCAGCGAUCGGCAGAAGGACGAAGGACUUCACCCGAUGCGUUUGGCGGCCCGGAGACGUAGGAAGUCAAGUCCCUUUCCUGAGCCGUGUGGGGCGAGGGGCUUCUCUGCCCAAAAGAAAACCGCGCAGACAAACUCAGGGGCGUAAGGCCCUCCACAUGCCUACUUCAUGUCAGCAUGGCACUCACGGGGUGGAAACAUGGCAGAACCACCCGGUUGGACCAUGGCUGUGUCCCACACAGCCCUCCUGUGGCUGGGCACCACGGCACGUUGUUGGACGCCAGGCCCAGGUGCACGCCUGAACACGUGCGCCUCAAGUCGUCCGCGGUGAACUUCUCCAGAGUCAAAACAAUGCUCUCCCUGCUGGGCAUGACUCUGACCUUCCUGGUCACGGCCUCCUACGUCCUGACGUGGGACAAGAAGGGAGUGCUGAGCGCCGCCUAUCAAGUCAAAGGCGACAACGUCUCCAGCGGCAGCGCCGCAGCAGCGAUGGCGGCGCUCUCCUCAGAAAAGACUUCAGUGGACAUGAAGCAGCUAAUGAGGAUGAUCCACCCUAAAUUGGAAUACCCACCUAGGAGGGCUCCUGAGGAAAAGGACAUCAUCGAGACGGACCCUCAGUUGUUCUCUGUCAUCCCUCGCCACUUCCUGCCGGGGAUCAAAAGCCCCUGCUGGUACCAGGAGUUCUCAGGCGGGACGAGCGACAAUCCCUACAAGAGGAACCUCUUCGCCGUGCGCUCCAAGAGCUUCUUGGGCGUGAGCGACCAGCUGAGGUCCAACUUCCGCCUGCGGCGCCGCGACGGCGGGCAGUUCCGCCUGCGAUGCCUGCCUUACUUCUACAUCAUCGGCCAACCCAAAUGCGGCACGACCGACUUGUUCUACAGGAUGCUGCUCCAUCCCCAGGGCCGCUUUAACUUCAUGAAGGAGCCACACUGGUGGACCAGGAAACGCUUUGGUUACAUCCGCUUCAAAUACGGCUCCCAGAGAAGAUUCCCCGUGGAAGAUUACCUGGAUCUCUUUGACCUGUCAGCCCACAACAUUCACGCACCCAGCAGUGGAAACCCCCCCACAGAGCGCCCCCUGCAGCUCCUAACAGGUGAGGCCAGCGCAUCCACCAUGUGGGACAACCAAGUGUGGAGGUAUCUCCAUGGCGACGGGGAGGAGACAGAGCCCCCCUUCCUGGUCCAGGACUUCAUCCACACGGCCCAGCCGGGGGCCAAGGUCAUCGUCAUGCUCCGAGAACCUGCAGAGAGGUUGUACUCGGACUACUUGUACUUCAACGCGGCCAACAAGUCAGCAGAGGACUUCCAUCAGAAGGUGGUCAGAUCUGUCAAGCUCUUUCAGUCCUGUCUUCUGGGGAGGUCUCUUCGAUUCUGUGUGUACAGCACCAGCCUGGCCAACUCACUUCAGGUGAGGCUCAACCUGGGCCUCUACAUCGUCUUCUUGCUGGACUGGUUGAGCGUCUUCCCCAGGGAGCAGAUCCUGGUUCUGCGGCUGGAGGACUACGCUACAAACCUUGAAGGCACGCUGGACGAAGUCUUCUCUUUUCUGGAAGCAGGGCCUUUACCCAAAGAAGCCAAGGCGGCGCUGGUCCAAAGGCCGUCGUCCAACACCCGGCGAGCGGCCGACAAGAACCUGGGCCCCAUGCUGCCGUGCACCAGGAGGCUCCUGGGGGACUUUCACCAGCCCUUCAACCACAAGUUGGCAUCUGUACUCCAGGACCAGGCCUUCCUUUGGAGUGACUCUUGACUUCCUUCUCGGAAAGACACUCAGUCAGGUUUGCAUUCUGCUAUUUAUUGCUUUGGAGAGAGGUUGCAUAUUUUUUAUUAUUAUUAUUCAAAAGUCAAACAAAAUAAUACACACUAAUACAAUAAUAGUACAAUUCCAGCAACAUUCAGAAUAACAGUCAACAGAGCAAUUGAGGACACACACACAUGACACAAAACAAUCCAAAAGUAGUCAAACAAAAAUGAAUAAUAUCAACAACAGUAUCAAUAAUAAUAAUAAUAAUUCCAACAUAACAGUGAUUACAAAUCCCUCAUUUACAUUAUCAUCACAGACAUUUAUAACAAAAAAAUCAAAUAAAAACAUUUAAAAAAUGAUUGAUUGUGUGUU